UCUUUCACUCGCUCGUUCGGUACAAAGCCUUGCUCUAGACGCUUCUCUUUUCUUUUCGUCUUUCACUACUUGAUACUUCUCUUCUGAUUCGAGUCUUCAUCAAAGUUUCUUUUGACUGUGCUCGUCUGCCCGAAGCUUUUUUUCUGUUUGUUUACCGGGAAAAAGUGUACGUGCGUUGAUUUUCCGACUCCUGUCUUGGUUCUUUUGCUUCCUUUGUCUUCCUUCUGAUAGAAAAAAAAAGGCAGUUCUUUGAUUGGGUCCAAUCUCUUCGUCUUCUGGUUCUUCGGCUGAUUAUCCCACAUUUUUCAUAGAAUUCUAAUUGUAGGAAAAUGGCGCACUUUCUAAACGACGAUCUUGAGUACGUCGUUGAUGACUACUACGACGUCGCUGAAUUCGAAGAAGAUCCUUUUCCUGAAAACCAUCCCCAUAAGAACGGCGAUGGCGAUUAUUUCGACUCCGAUUUCGAGGAUGACUUUGAUUCGUCUUUACAGAGCAAGCCAAAGACGGAUACUUCAGCUUUGGAAGCUAGAAAUGGGAAAGAUAUACAGGGAAUUCCAUGGGAGAGGCUCAAUUUUACUAGAGAUAAGUACCGCGAGACGCGAUUGAGGCAGUACAAGAACUACGAGAGUCUCACUCGCUCCCGCGAACAACUCGAAAAGGAUUGCUUGGAAGUGGAGAAGGGGAUGGCCUUCUUUGACUUUCAUUUCAAUACAAGACUUGUCAAAUCCACAAUUGUACAUUUCCAGCUGAGGAAUUUGCUGUGGGCAACAUCAAAGCAUGAUUUAUACCUUAUGCAGAACUAUUCUGUAAUGCAUUGGUCAUCCUUGCUCAGGAGGGGCAAAGAAGUACUAAAUGUGGCGAAGCCAAUUGUGCCAACUCUGAAGCGCCCUGGAUUGUUAGAACAGUCACUUUCUCGAGUGCAGAUAAGCACCAUGGCUGUUAAGGACAAUCUAAUGGUAGCUGGAGGCUUCCAGGGUGAGCUUAUUUGCAAGUACUUGAACCAUCCAGGAGUUGCUUUCUGCACAAAGUUAACAACAGAUGAGAAUGCGAUUACCAAUGCGGUGGAAAUUUACUGCGAUCCCAGCGGCCCGAGAAGAGUUAUAGCUGCGAACAAUGAUGCUCAAGUUAGAGUUUUUGAUGCUGAGAACUUUGCUUUCCUUAAUCAAUUCUCUUUUGAUUGGUCUGUGAAUAACACUUCUGUAAGUCCUGAUGGAAAGUUGCUUGCUGUCCUUGGUGAUAGCGCUGACUGCUUGAUUGCCGAUGCCCAAUCUGGAAAAGUUACUGCGAGCCUCAAAGGGCACUUGGACUAUUCUUUUGCCUCAGCUUGGCACCCAGAUGGACGUAUUCUGGCUACUGGGAACCAGGACACUACCUGCAGAUUGUGGGACAUAAGGAACCUUUCGGAGUCUCUAGCAGUGAUUAAGGGAAGAAUGGGGGCGAUAAGAGCUGUCAAGUUUACUAAUGAUGGCCGGUUUCUGGCAAUGGCCGAGCCUGCGGACUUUGUUCAUAUCAUCGAUACUCAAUCUGGGUAUGUCAAAGGACAAGAGAUUGACAUAUUUGGUGAAAUUGCUGGAAUAUCCUUCAGCCCCGACACCGAAGCUCUCUUUGUUGGCGUUGCGGAUCGCACAUAUGGUAGUUUGUUAGAGUUCAACAGGAGACAUUUCAACCAAUAUCUAGAAACGAUUUUCUGAAGUCCAUUCAUUGGCAAAUACAAGUGUACAUUUGACAGAGAACUUGCGUAGCUAAGUUUGCAGAUGUAGUGUUUGUAUAGUUAAUAGAUAGGCCAGGACCAUUGGGGGAGCUUAUUAUAGCUUGUACUCCCUCCAUAAUUCUUGAAGACUCGGUAGUUCCUUUGGUGGGUUAUUCUUUUGAACUCUGUGAUUUUAUUUUUUCGCCUUUGUAAAGCCCGUUGCGGUUGCUUUUGUAUAUUGUAUAGCCUAUCGUUCCUUUCCCUUUCCAAAACACUCGUUAGUUUUCGGCGUGUAGAUUUCUAUGGAUAUAAAACAGCAUAAACAAAAUCGUUCGUUCAAUGUUGUGGAGUAAGGAUAUGAUAUUAGAUAUGUAAGAAGACGUAGGAUCUUCCGUUCUUCCUCUCGACUAUCCAUUUUUAUUGUGGAAACUGUAAUGAAAACGACCUACAAAUGCUUUAUGAGCA